CACAACGCCGUCCCGUCCGGAAACUUUCAUCUAAUUUAUAUAAGUAAAUCACAGAACAUCUGAAGAGAGCAGGGCAGAAAUGAGGAGCAAUAUUAUUCCUUAUGUCUCCCUCCUCUUCUUUUCGGUAGUCUCCUUGUUAUCUUCUUCCACCCUCGCCCAGCAAGGCAACCCCGCCGGCAAUUGUUAUAGACUCAUAUCAGCCCACACCAAAAAAGGCUCCGGCGAUCUCCUCACCGGCGAACUCCAGUUCACCAGUGACUCCUUCAUUGAUGCCUCCAACAUCCCGAAACUAAGCUUCAUAGCAAGCUUUGAAACAAAGAACCGGCUCCGAAUCCGCAUCACAAACGCCGACGAACCAAGAUGGGAAGUUCCACAGGAAGUCAUCCCACGUUGGGCGGUUCCCAGCGAGGCCAACAAAGCCGCGGCCAAAAGCCAUGUUCUCUCCCCUCCCGGCUCCGACCUUAUCCUCAACAUCACUGGAUCAUUUCCCUUCUCUUUCACCGUCACCCGCCGCUCCUCCGGCGAGGUUCUCUUCAGCACCGACGGACACAGUCUCGUCUUCAAAGAUCGCUACUUGGAAAUCUCGUCGUCACUACCUGGCAACAGAGCCAAUCUGUACGGCCUCGGCGAGCACACCAAAGCGUCUUUCCGGCUCGUUCCGGGAGAGACACUGACGCUGUGGAACGCCGACAUCGCUGCCGCGAAUCCAAAUGUCAACCUUUAUGGGUCGCAUCCGUUCUACAUGGACGUGAGAUCCCCAUCGGGAGCGGCUCAUGGCGUUCUGUUGCUUAAUAGCAAUGGGAUGGAUGUUGUUUAUGGUGGGAAUUACAUUACUUACAAAGUGAUUGGUGGAGUUUUGGAUUUCUACUUCUUCGCCGGACCGACGCCGGUGGCUGUGGUGGAUCAGUACACGAAGCUCAUCGGAAGGCCGGCGGCGAUGCCUUAUUGGUCUUUUGGAUUUCACCAGUGCCGCUAUGGCUACAAGAACUACUCCGAACUGGAAGAAGUUGUCGCCCGCUACGCCGAGGCUGAAAUCCCUCUCUCCGUCAUGUGGUCAGACAUCGACUACAUGGAUGCCUUCAAAGACUUCACCCUCGACCCUGUCAAUUACCCCGCCGACAAGAUGAGGAAUUUCGUCGAACGGCUCCACAGCAAUGGCCAGAAGUACGUCGUCAUCCUCGACCCUGGUAUCAGCGUGAACGCCUCAUAUGCGACAUUCCAGAGAGGACUGAAAGCACAAGUUUAUAUAAAAUGGAAUGGAACCGAUUACCUGGGCGUUGUCUGGCCUGGCCCAGUCUAUUUUCCCGACUUCCUGAACCCAGCCACCACCGAAUUCUGGAGCCAGGAGAUCUCCAUCUUUCGUAAAACAUUGCCAGUUGAUGGCCUAUGGAUAGACAUGAACGAACUAUCCAACUUCAUUACUUCCCCGCCGCUCACCGAGCUCGACACCCCUCCUUACAAAAUCAACAAUGCCGGAGUCCAUCGGCCAAUAGACAACAACACAGUGCCGGCCUCUUGCUUGCACUUUGGCGGUCAAACGGAGUACAACGUUCAUAACUUGUAUGGAUUUUUGGAGUCCAAAGCAACACAUAAUGCGUUGAUUAGGGAUACAGGGAAGAGACCAUUCGUGCUCUCGCGAUCAACUUUUGUUGGCUCGGGAAAGUAUACGGCACAUUGGACCGGUGAUAAUGCUGCAACGUGGGAGGAUCUUGCUUACUCUAUUCCUUCCAUUUUGAAUUCUGGAUUGUUUGGAAUUCCGAUGGUGGGGGCUGAUAUUUGUGGCUUCAUUGGUAAUACAACAGAGGAGCUCUGCAAUCGGUGGAUUCAGUUAGGUGCAUUCUAUCCUUUUGCAAGGGAUCAUUCAGAAAAGAACUCAAUCAGGCAAGAACUUUACCUCUGGAAGUCUGUAACUGAAUCUGCAAAGAAUGUGCUUGGCCUGAGAUAUCGUCUCCUCCCUUAUUACUACACGCAAAUGUACAAUGCUCAUCUUAAGGGCACCCCAAUAGCAAGGCCAUUAUUUUUCUCCUUCCCUGAAGAUCCCAAUACUUAUGGAAUUAACACACAGUUCCUUGUCGGAGAAGCACUCUUGGUGUCACCGGUUUUACAACAAGGAGCGACCUCAUUAGAAGCCUACUUCCCUAAAGGACGGUGGUUCAACCUCUUCAACAUCUUCCAAACUGUAAAUGCCAUUUCUGGGAAAACUGUGACACUUACCGCACCAAUUGACACCACAUAUGUUCAUGUCCGAGGAGGAAACAUUCUCGUGUUGCAGGAAAGUGUGGCUGUUACUUUAGGGGAGGAGAGGGUGUAUGAGAUUUUAGUUGUGCUUGAUGAACAUGGAAAAGCAGCUGGAGAAGUUUUCCUGGAUGAUGGCGAGGUGGUGCAUAUGGGAGGGAAGAAGAGUGAAUGGGCUCUAAUAAGGUUUACAAGUGAAGUUAAAGGUGGAAAGGUGAAAUUGAGAUCUGAAUUGGUGAAUGGAAGUUAUGCGACAAAGAAGAUGUUAGUGAAUAAUAUAGUUUUUCUUGGGCUGAGCAAGCAAAAAUCUGGUGUUGAAAGGCCUACAUUUGUUCUAAAGCAAAAUAAAUCAAGUUGGAAGAGCUCCACAGGUGAAGCAAUCUAUAAUUUUGGAAGAAAUGUUGGUUCUGCACAAGUACGUGAAAUAGCACAACCUAUCGGAGAGGAUUUUGAGCUGCUACUCAAUUU